CUGAGAAGAGUACACCAGUAACAUAUACAGAGCAUUGUGGAAGCCAUCAUUACUGUGAAGAUGUUCAGGCAUAUCCUCAUUGUGCUUUCACACCUUGCGCUCCUUGGCCACUCAGCAGACUGGUGUUAUGAUCAUGAAGAGUGUGCACCAUCACACUGGUACUUGCAUUACCCAUCAUGUGGGCUCUCAUCUCAGUCUCCUAUCAAUAUCAUUACCGCGAACACUGUAGCUGAUUCCUCCCUUGGUCCAAUUGUAGUAGAGGGCAGCGAUGCAACUUCUGAGGGAGAAUUAACCAAUAAUGGACACUCAGUUGAAGUAACACUGACGUCCAAAUAUACACUGAGUGGAGCUGGACUGACUGAUGCAUACACACUGGCUGGGUUUCACAUCCAUUUUGGGAACUCAAAUCCUACCUUUGGCGGUUCUGAGCAUCAGAUCAAUGGCAAUGCCUUCCCCUUGGAGGUUCACUUUGUGUUUUAUAACUCAAUAUAUAUUGACCUGACAGAAGCCAAACAGCAAUCUGAUGGCUUGGCGGUCGUAGGGGUACUUUUUCAGAUUGGGUCCUUUAAUUCUGCUUUGGAUCAUUUCCUUGGCCAGCUGUCUCAAGUGGCUUAUUCAGGUCAGAAAACCUCUGUUCAAGCAAAUCUGAGGAAAUUUCUGCCAGCUAAAAUUGGGUAUUAUUUUAAAUACAACGGCUCACUCACUACACCAACAUGCUCAGAGAAUGUCACCUGGCUGGUAGCAGGCAAUGUCCAGCCAAUCAGUCUGUCACAGUAUACACAAAUCAUCAGUAACCUCUACUUCUCACUACCAGGAGCAGCAAAUCCAGUUCCCAUGUUAGACAACUUCAGGCCAACUCAACCCCUCAACGGAAGGACAGUAUCAGUAUACAGGAAAUAAGCUAGAUUCUCUUUGUUUCCAGAGUUGCUUUUUGGGAGCUGGGUAUUGAUGCCAAUGGAAAACCCUCCCUCUUUGCCCUGUUCCAUGCGUCCUUUAUGUGGAACCCCAUGUUAUUCGUGGCAGUGAAAAUCCAGAUUUAACCAUCUCCAGUAAAAUUCAGUUUCAGGGGCAUAAAAUAGCAUGAUGUGAAUUACUGUGCUGCUACUGGCAGAAUAAUAGCAGGUUCAGGGUUUGUUUUAUUACAAUUUCCAAGGGAUUCACUAGAUCUAGGAUUUGUUUCUAAAGAAUUUAGUGGGUCCCACAGGAAAUUCAUGUUAGGGCCCCCUAAACUUUACAGUUGGACAUUUAUCAAGAACAUAAAUUGAAAUUGCAUAUCAUUCAGUGCCCCACUGGGCCCCUUAUAGCUUCUGGGCUCCCCAGCAGUUCCAGGGUCUGCUUCCUCUAUAAUUAUGUGCCUACUUUCUUGGAUUUGGUUGAAUUCCAGUUCGUUUUGCAAGACUCCAGUUUUGCCGGAUAUUUAGUAUUCAGCCAAACAAAAUUCAAAUCCUAAAUUUUAAAUGACUGCAGUUUGUAUCCACUUGGAAAUUAGGGUUCUUUUGUGCAGGUCUGUGCCUGAAUCCAAAAAGGAUGGAUUUGGUGCAUCACUAACAUUUCUAAUCAAUGAUGCAAAUUGGUGAGAAUUUAAAAAAAAAAUCAUCCAUUUUGAAUAGAAGUUUCACAGUAAAGUGUAAACCCAGUUAGUAGAACUAUUCUUUAGGUCCGCUUUUGAAAUUGUUCCGGAGAAUAACUGAAGCCUAUAAAAUUGAGUUAUUCUUUUGCAAUGUGAAUCAGACAUAUCCAUCCAGUUUAUGUCAUUCCUACUGUCAUGUGUCUUCUGAGAGUAGAGUAAUGAGCUUCAAUGCAUCAUCCCAGUCCCCUAACUAACAUGCAAUUGUACUGCUCAGAAAUAAAGUCUUUUCAUAAGUCAAAA